AUGGUUGUUGUCAGUAGCAAAAGCAGCACAAAACUUGUACAAUCAUCAUGUUCGUGUCCACCUAGAAUGGUUAAAGUUUCAGCUGAGGCUGCUUCUUCUUCUUCUUCUUCUUUUUCUUCCGCUAAAAAACAUGAUGUUUUCAUCAGCUUUAGAGGUGAGGACACGCGCAAGAGUUUCACAAGCCAUCUUUAUGCUGCUUUUCAGCACAACAAAAUCCAAACCUUCAUAGAUUACAAGCUUCCCAAAGGGGGUGAGAUCUCUCCCAUAAUUCUCAAAGCCAUUGAACACUCCAACCUAUCUGUGGUUGUUCUCUCCAAGCACUAUGCUUCCUCCACUUGGUGCUUGCGUGAACUCGCCAAAAUAAUCGAACACAAGAAACGUGGUGGACACAUUGUGAUACCUGUGUUCUUCAAGGUUGAUCCUUCCCAUGUAAGGAAGCAGACUGGUACUUAUGGAAAAGCCUUUGAAAAAUAUGAGAGAGAUGGCAAACACAGCAUGGCCAUGUUGCAGAAAUGGAAAGCUGCUCUCACAGAAGUUGCCAAUUUAGUUGGGUGGAACAUGCGGAAUUACAGGUAA